UGUUUCAUAAUGAAAUGCAAUAUCGUGAAAUAUGUUGAAAUAAAUUGUAAUUCGUUUUCAGGGUAUAAAUAGUGUCGUUCACGGUGAAGCCAGUAUCAGUGUUCUAUUCGACUUAUUUAAGUGCAAAUAUACAGUGUAAUAGUGAAAAAUAGUGUUCAGUGGCGAUCAAAAUUUUAAUAGGUAAAUCUAACAGUAAUUUUGACAUUUUGUGGUUUUGUAUUGUUUUAGCGUUAUGGAAACCGAUACCCAACAAACUACAGCUCCCGCUGUUGCACAGAUUCCUGCAGAGCUCGAGGCUAUAAUUAAAGCAACAGUUGCACAAACUGUUGCCACUUUAAUGGAAAAACGACUUGGUAAACAUAAACAUCCAAGGUCCAGGUCUAGAUCGAAGAGCCGAAGCCGUUCCAGAUCUGGAAGCCGUGGUGGACGUUCUAGAUCAAGAAGCAAGGGUAGACGCAAUAAAUCAAGAAGCAGAGGUAGACAUGACAGAUCAAAAAGUAGAGGUAGACGUGACAGAUCAAGAAGCAGAGGCAGACAUGACAGAUCAAAAAGUAGAGGUAGACGUGAUAGAUCAAGAAGCAGAGGCAGACAUGACAGAUCUAGAAGCCGCGGUCCUUGUGAAAGAUUUGGAAGAAAUAGAGACGAAUGGAAUAGUUGGGUAGAUUUUGGACACCCACCGCAUCACCAUGAUCAUUUCCACCACCAUCAUCCACCGGGUUGGUUCGGUGAACAUUUUAAACCUCAUGGUAGAUAUGGCAGACAUGGUAGAAGGUUUCCAUUUUCUUGUGGAUGCCCUUGCAGCUCGAGAAAAGAGGAAGAACAAAAUAUAGAAAGUGAAAAGGAAGAAGACAAGGAAGGUACUCCUGUCGCUGAUAAGAGUUUAAGAGAGAAUUUUAAAAAUCUGGAGGUAGAUAACUAAACUAUGUAUGAUGACAAACAUUUUAAAAGGCUGUGAAGUCAAUCAAAAAUUAAAAUUUAAAAAUAAAAUAUAAAAUAUAACUAUUCGCAUUAUAUACUUUUAUGGAUAGAAAAUUGUACCGUUACAUGUAUGAAUAAUUAUUAUAUUAUAAUAAUAGAUAAGGUAUAUUUACAUUAAUAUUGCACGACAUUUUAUGUUAUAAUUAUAUAAAAUAAAUAUUCUAAAAAACA